GAACUCAGUAAUAUUGAACUUGCCGAGUUCACUGACGCGUUCUCCUUGUUUGACUAUCAUGGAUCUGGCCAUAUCAGUAAAAAAGAAGCUCGUAUUGCCAUGCGCUCGCUUGGAUUUGAUACAACCAAACAAGAGUUUGAUUUAGUGAUGGGAAAUGUUGGUCACACUCAGUCUACGUCCAUACGGUUCAGUAACAGUCGAAUGGGCAUUUCAGCUAUAAAAAAUGAACGAGAUAUUCAACAUAUUUUGAAACAAAAGCUACAUGCUUCAAACACAGACCCAUCAAAAAUGGAAAUCAAUACAGGUAUUACUGGAGACCAUUUGAAAAGAAUUGCUGCGUUGGUCGGUGAGCCAUUAUCAAAUGAGGAUGUUCGAGAUAUGAUGGAAGAGGCUGACAAAUCCAACUGCGGGUUAGUUACCGAGCAAGAUUUUAUAAAACUGAUGCGUAAAACU